UGUGUCCAUCAACAUGGAUUGCAAUGACAUCGUCACUGCAGAGGUCUGCAAGGAGGACGACAUUGGGGAUGGAGAACUCUGUGAAGUGAUGGUGGCUGGUUACCCGGUGCUGCUGGUGAGGAACAAGAUGGAGUUCAGCGCCCUGGGCAGUAGGUGCCCACACUACGGCGUGCCGCUCAGCAAAGGGGUCUUGAGAGGGCACAGGCUGCGCUGCCCCUGGCACGGCUCCUGCUUCAACAUCCGAACUGGAGAUAUUGAGGAGUACCCUUCUCUGGACUGCCUGCCUUGCUUUAAGGUAACAGUGGAAGAUGGAAAGGUGUUUGUAACAGCUAAAAAGAAGGAUCUUGAAAGCAGCCUGAGGGUGAAGGACAUGAGCAAACGAUGCCUUCUCAAUCAGAACACCAUGCUUCUCCUGGGAGGAGGUGUGGCUGCCCUGACCUGUGCAGAGACACUUCGCCAAGAGGGCUUUACUGGCAGGAUCAUCAUGGCCACCAAAGAGAAACAUGCUCCAUAUGACAAGUCCAAACUGAGCAAGGAAAUGAAUUUAAAAGCUGAGGACAUCUACCUGAGGAAACCUGAAUUCCUGUGCGCUCAUGGCAUAGAGCUCUGGACAGAGAAAGAGGCAGCGUCAGUGGAUUUCCAGAAGCAGAAGGUUCGCUUCAUGGACGGAUCCUCUCAGAAGUACAACCAGCUGCUCAUUGCAACAGGUGGACACUCCAGCUUCCUCAAAGUCCCAGGUGCAGACCUGCAGAACGUGUGUCAUCUUCAAACCCCAGAGGAUUCUAGCAAGGUCUUAGAGCUGGCAGCUGGGAAGAAUCUUGUGAUUGUAGGAGCUUCAUUCGUAGGAAUGGAGGCAGCUGCCUUCCUCUCAGACAAGGCUGCUGUCAUCUCGGUGGUGGAAAAACAUGAGUUCCCUUUCCAGAAGACGCUGGGUCCUCAGGUUGGAGGCGUUGUCUUGAAGAUGCUGCAAAGUAAGGGAGUCAAGUUUUACAUGAAAAAAGAACUCCAUGAGCUGAAAGGGAAGGAUGGAAAGGUCACAGAAGCCAUUCUUGCCAGUGGAGAAAAACUACCUGCGGAUGUGGUGGUGGUGGGAAUAGGGGUGACCCCCAACUCUUCAUUUCUGAAGGGCACCUCCAUCGCCAAAGACAAAAGCGGUGCCAUCCUGGUGGACCUGCACAUGCAAACCAACAUCCCAAACGUCUUUGCUGGGGGGGAUGUUGUCUCCUUUCCCGUAGCGCUGCUCAAUGGGAACCACUCCAGCAUCCAUCACCAACAGGUGGCCGAGGCCCACGGUUCCAUCGCUGCCUUUAACAUGUUGAAGAAACAGAAGGAGUUGCACACCGUCCCCUUCUUCUGGACCACGAUGCUUGGGAGAAGUAUCCACUAUGCAGGCUGCGGUAAGGGCUACACAGACACCGUUCUGAAGGGCAGCUUGGAGCAACAGAAGUUCCUCAUCUUCUACCUUAAGGAUGGCUUUGUAACAGCAGCUGCCAGCCUAAACUGUGACCCCAUAGUGUCUCUGAUUGCUGAAGUUUUAUACUUGGGGAAAAAAAUAUCUAAAGAAGAAGCAGAGGCCUACGAUAUCAACAACAUACCCUUGUGACAGCAAGCUAAGCUUCAUCCGUACACUGCCACGGGGAGCACAGCAUCAACCAGGAAUUAAAGCUCAACUUGUUGCGAGAGAAAUAAAGUGGAAGCAAAG